GUAGCUUGUUCCUGAGCCAAAUGGCAAAGACAUCUUUGGAGCCUACUCUCGAAUUUUUCCCAAUUUUGCACCCACCCUCGGAUAAAAAUAUGGGAUUAACAAAAUCUGUCCUAUAGUGGAAUUUCAUUAGCACACCUAGCUCUAUCAUUCCUAGUGGUUUCAUCAAAUUAGGUUGGAUAGAAAAAAUUCAGGACUCAAAGGGUUAAGGUUUGAAUUUAACCUUGAAGAAAUUAAUAAAAAUUUUCAUCUUCAAAAAUUCUCUAUUGAUAUCUUGAUUUGAACUUUUAUUAAUUAGUGUAUACAGUAGCAGAAAAAAAAUUGAAAAUAAACCUGGUCGAAUAAUUUUAGGAUACAGUGUAUAAAUACAGAUUAAUCAACUUUUCUAUUUAUAUAUUAUUUUUAUAGAAAAGAAUCACGAAUAAUACGACUUAAGAAUACGAAAUUAAUUCCUGUUCGAUGGCGUUUAAUAGGUAUUGGUCAAGAAGGUAUUGGACAAGAAUUUUCCACUAAAACUGAUACGGGCAUUGUUGAACCAUUGAGUACAUAUGAAUUACAAUUGAAUUAUUAUGCUAGUCGACCACGAUCACCAGCAUCACAAAAAAAUAAACUUCAACUUAAACUUGAAAUAUCAGAUACAGAAGGUAUGCCAGGUGCUAUUAAAACUGUGAAUAUUCCUGUUUUUGUUGAACCAUAUGAUAUUGUUUUGGAUAUGACAUUUCAAAAAGGUAAUGAUCGUGGUAUUGAUUUUGGUAAUGUACGUGUUAAUCAAGAAACAAAACAAUCAUGUAUACUUAAAAAUAAAGGCAAACGUGAAAUAAAAUACAAAUUUGAAUUAGUACCUGAUUCAAAAUCAAAAAUUGAUGCAAGUAAAUUUUUUGAAAUUGUACCUAAACAAGGAACAUUAGCUGCUGGUGGUGAUCGAAAUGCCCAAGCAACUUCUGUUAAUGUGAGUGUUGACUUACUUUUCAAAAUUAGGAUAAUUGUCUUACUUUCAAUCACUCAAAAACCUUAUAUAUACAUGCUAAUCAUAGACUACUAUCUGUUUCAAAAUAGAAUGCACCUGACUGUAAAUUGAAUAACUUUUGAUAGGAACUAGAUAGAGACAUGCGGUUUUCACCAUUCGAAAGAGGACAUUCAGGGCUACAAAAGUAUGUGAAAUUGAUUGGUCUGACAAUUGGUCAAUGAGAUAAAUUCUUGCUAGACAUUUUAAACACGAAAUAGAGAAAGUAUUUUCCAUUUGAUUUUUUACUUUUUAUAUAAUCGUUCGAUAGAAAACAUUGUUCUCUUUCGAUCUACACAAGGCCGAGAUCUCUAGCUUGUUCUGUUAAAGAGUUAUAAGAGUUUUCCUGAGACCCCCGAUUUCGGCCAUUUGGCCUUGGGUGACCUUGGAAGAGAUCAAUAUAGGGGUAAUUCACCACGCUGAGUCUAGUGGUAAUGUUUGUUUUCAGUUUUCAACUUAUCUAAAAGCACUAUGCAAAUUUUUCGGUAUAUCCCGCUUUUUACGCAAUACAGCACAAAAACUAGAAGUUUCGAAAUUUUUGAUAUUAUGGUUUUAGAUGAGUUGAAAACUGAAAACAAACAUUACCACAAGACUCAGCGUGGUAAAUUACCCCUAUAUUGACCUCUUCCAAGGUCACCCAAGGCCAAAUGGCCGAACUCGGGGGUCUCAGGAA